CGAAAAUAUUUCCAAAUAAGAAAUACAUAAAACCAGGUUUUCACAGCCAAGAAAUGUGGCAAUCUCAGAAUUCAAAAUCACAAGUUUACAACUAUAACACCGAUCCAAAUCAACAGCAACCUUUUUACCCACAAGCUCAACAGCAAUCAUAUAAUUCACCCCAAAACUAUGCACAGCAACAGUAUAACUCUCCAUCAAAUAAUCAAGUUCCUCAUUAUUCCCCUCAGGGACAAGCAAUACAUAUGAACCAGACUGGAUGGACUGACCCAGAAGAUCCCGAGGCAAAGGGAAUCGAAUUUAACGAUGAGUUGAUAAGGAAAGCUUUUAUUAGAAAGGUUUUUGCCAUUCUAUCAGUUCAAUUAAGCUUAACUUUAGGAGUAAUAGCGCUUUUCAUAUUUGUUCCUGCAGUUUCUCAUUUUGCAUUAAACAAUUUCUGGCUUUUCAUUGUUGCAAUCGUUCUUCUUUUCAUCCUCUUAAUACUACUUGCUUGUUGUGAGAACUUACGUCGAAGCAGUCCUACUAACUAUAUCAUGCUGUUUCUUCUCACCGCAUGCAUGUCUUUUAUGCUUGGAGUGACCUCAGCUACUUAUUCAAGAAAUGAAGUUUUGAUUGCUGUUGGAAUUACAGUUGUUGUAACUGUUGGACUUACUAUAUUUGCUCUUCAGACCAAAUGGGAUUUCACUACAAUGGGAGGUGUUCUUUUUGUAUCUGUCAUAAUUUUGGUUAUUUUUGGCAUUUUUGCUUCAAUAUACCGAAACAAUACGUUAACAUUGGUCUACGCAUCGAUUGGAGCUCUUCUAUUCUGUAUUUAUUUGGUCUAUGAUAUUCAACUCAUGAUGGGCGGAAAGCAUAAAUAUUCUAUUAGUCCUGAGGAAUAUAUAUUUGCAGCAUUGAAUUUAUACAUUGAUAUUGUCAAUAUAUUCAUGUAUAUAUUAAUGAUAAUAGGAGCAUCAAAAAAUUAGUAUAUUACUGCAUAAAGGAAAAUUAAGAGAAUUAACUGAUUUUGAAACUUAACCUCUUGUUCCGUUAUAGGCCUCUGCGCGUUACUAAGUCUCUACCAGUUAUUUAUCAAAUAAUCAAGGCUCCCGCAUAUUAUAAUCUUUUAAAAUUGAAGAUUAUAAUUUUUAGAUAAUCUGCAGGAACCUGGUUAAUAAGGUUGUAAAACAACUUUUAUAUGUGUAAAAGGGAUAGAUUACAUAAAAAUUGAAUGUUACAAAAAGAUUUGCGUUAU